AUGAGUUCGCAUGAGGGACAAGCUGCAGAUUCAAUUCCACUGUCUAAAAAGCCCAAAACUGACAAUGGACUUAGAAAGAAAAAUUUGAUUAUCAAUGCUUUUUUAAUGGGAUCUGCUGGAUGUCAGACUCUUAACAAUUGGCAAUUCCCGCGAGAUAAAUCUGCAGAGCUUUACAAUAAUCCUAAGUAUUGGAUGGAUUUAGCCCAACUGCUGGAAAGGGGGAAAUUUAAUGCAGUUUUCUUUGCGGAUACACUGGGUCCUUACGAUGUUUAUAAGGGACCAGGAAAUGUGGGACCUGUUGCCAAAGCUGGAUCGCAGUUUCCCGUAUCUGAUCCAACUUAUUUUAUCCCGCUGAUGGCUGCAGUAACUUCAAAACUAGCAUUUGGUGUUACAAUGUCCACUAUAAGUGAACAACCUUACCAUUUAGCUAGAAGAUUGGGUACAUUAGAUUUAAUCACAAAUGGCAGAGUUGGUUGGAAUAUAGUUACUUCUUAUUUGAGUAGUGCCGCUAGAAAUUUGUUGAAUAAUCAAGAUUUGCCUGCUCAUGAUGAUCGUUAUGCAAGGGCGGAGGAGUACGUCGAUGUGAUUUACAAACUAUUUCUUUCAUCAUGGCAAGAAGGUGCUGUCAAACUGGAUCGAAAGAGAGGAAUUUUCACAGAUCCCAACGGUCUAAGACACAUAAACCACGAGGGCGACCAUUUUGGAGUCCCUGGACCUGCUUUCACACAACCUAGUGUCCAAAGAUUACCAGUAAUUAUUCAAGCAGGGACUUCAGCAAAAGGGAAAGAACUUGCUGCAAGAAAUGCAGAGGUUGUAUUUUUAGGUUCAUUUACACCUCAGACUGCUUCCAAAGCCAUCGAAGAGAUUAAGCAAAUUGCAGAGAGUAAAUUUGGUCGUGAUCCGAAAAAGAUUAAAUUUAUUGGUAAAGUUACUGUAGUCCUUGGCGAAACUCAUGAAGAGGCAGAAGAAAAAUUAGCCCAGAUUAAGAGACAAGGGGAUGACGAAGGUGCUAAAGCGAUGUUUUCUGGAUGGACGGGUAUUGACAUUGAUCAAUUUGCAGAUGAUGAAGUAUUGACAGAUGUUGAUCAUCUAGCUACAGCUUCUGCUGUAAGAAGAUGGCAAGAUGCCUAUCCAAGAGUGCAAAAAUGGACUAAAAGAGCUAUUAUUGAAGAGAUCAAGAUAAGUGGUAGUGGGCCUGCUAUUAUAGGCACAGUUAAUGAAGUGGCAGAUGCAAUUCAAGAUUGGGUUGAUGUUAGUGACAUUGAUGGCUUCAAUUUUGCAUACACUAUCUUACCUGAAUAUUUUGAAGGUGUUGUUGAUAAAUUGCUACCAGAAUUGAGAAGACGUGGAUUAGCUCCUGAGGAUUACGUAGAAGGGUCUGGUGAUACUCUAACUUUUAGAGAACAACUUUUUGGUCAAAAGACUCUUGAUGAUUCGCAUCCCGCUGUAGGUCUUAAUUGGAGAGCUGACGAAUCAAAACAGGAUUUUGAAAAAAGAUUGCCAGAAGCUCUUAAAACCUUAAAAUCUGUUCAUUAA